UAUGAAAUAUGACCUAAAAUGUGUCCCUCCUGCAGAGUUCUGGACAUGUCCCAUCCUGUGAUCAAGCAGACCCGUGUGAAUCCCAGAGCAGUGUUAGGCGUCUUGACGGAGAGGAUUAUGACGUCACUACCUUGUCCGGUCACAAACAAUGUCCGGAAGCGUGGCAAUGCAGCAGCCAACGUGAGCGUCUGUGUGUCCUGAGCCGGAAGGCCUCUAUGAAGCAGAGCGGCAGUACUCAGACAGAUAGUGAUGUGUCACUGGGUAUUCCUGCAAAUACUGUCAUGGCCUACAGUCUYAUUGAACUCUACGUCAAAUGCAAUGGACAGUUUGAGCUGUGCCUCAUUUGCAACAAUGGGGGCUUUGAAAAGGUUUGGUCAAAGGAUGAGAUUGAAGGGGAUGGAAUUAUGGACCUGAGAGGUGACUUUGCUGCCAACAGCCACCUAAAUCUGAACAAAGAACUGGAGAAACUGAGUGGUCAUUUCCAGCUGCUGUCAGCUCUGCCGGUUGCCAAACGUUCCUCUCUGCUCCAGCUCCUCAAGACAACCAUGGAGGACAGAGAGGCAGUCAGUGUGCUGGAGAGUGUGCUGGAUCAGAUGUGUGAUGGUGAGACUCCUGACCUGAGUGAUCUGGAAGAGUCUGAGAGGGAAACAGUCCAGGCCAUACUGGAUCUUGUAGACCAAUGUGUUGGGAAGGAUGAGGACGAGAUCAGAUCCUCUCUUCUCAGUGCUGUCCACCUCAUUGUCAGUGCCAUGGACGGAAUGACAGAUGAGGGUCUCUCUGUGUUGGGAUCCUGUUGCAGUCCUCCAGUCUUACAGGCCCUGCAGAUCCUGGUGCAGCAUGUGGCAGCAGGAGUGGGGAGACCCUCUCUCUGA